CGCGACGGCAUGGGCAUGUAUAGGUCUGUCGCUCGUGAUGGCCGUCCGCUGCGAGUCUGGCACAUCCACGUACCCUCCCAGGCAGCCCAGCCGCUCCCGCGGGCGAUGUGGACGACGCUGGCAAUGUGCCCCGACCAGCUCGGCGCGUGCUGCCGCGCGUGUUGGCACGCGCGGCAGCGUGCGCAAAUCGGAGGAGGUGCUAUUCACUCCGAGCAGGGGUUUACUCUGCACGGCUGGCGUCCUCCCAGCGAUGGUGGCCCGCCACGCUGGGCGCCGGGCCGCCCGCCGCGAGGCCUGGCUGCUCGGCGCGCCGUGCGCCGCCGCGGCGCUAGCGGCGGGCCUCUCCCUGUGCGGGCGGCCGCGCGAGGCGCCCGCGGCCGCGUUCGCGGCGGCGCCGGCCGGGGCGCGGCCAACCGCGGGAGCACGCAGCCAGCUCGGCGGUUCAGAGCUGUCGUUUGCUCUUCUGCCAGCGGCGGCAGGGCGGGCGCCAGGACCGCCGCGAGGGCUCUGCCGGACGUGUCCCUCGCGCUCGCGAGCCUCGAGGCGACGCCAGCCGUGGUGAGCAUGGGGUUCAACGUCGUCACGUUCCUGCCUCAGUGGCUGUGGCUGCUGAUGGUGUUCUUGCCGAAUUGGGACGUCACGAAGAAGAUCAUGCAGCCUUUGUGGCCAGUCAUCCUGUUCGGGUGCGUCCACCUCUUCAUAGUCUACAACGUCGCAUCCACGAACCCCGACAACGUGGAGGAGCUCACGACGCUCAUCCAGGUGUUCAACCCCGAGGUGCAGGGGAAGCUGCUCAGCGACUUCAGCCCGCAGGAGAACAUGAUGAAGCUCAUGAAGAGCCCGGGCUUCGUCUCGGAGGAGUGGUCCCACGUGCUCGUCUGGGACCUCUUCGUGGGCCGCUGGAUCUACCUGGAUGGCCAACGCCGGGGCAUCUUCACCUCGCACUCGGUGCUCUUCUGCAACCUCAUCGGCCCCCCGGGCCUGCUGCUGCACGCCGCCACGUGCCUGCUGCUCGGCAGGGGGCUCCCCGACGAGGAGGAGCGGCCGCGGGGUGCCUGACGCCGUCCCGCCGGGGCCCGGAGCUCAGGGGCUGCACGGGGUCCUGAGAGCAUGGGGGCCUCCCCUCAUCCCCCUUCCCUCCCCCUUCAUCGUGGGGGCCUCCCCUCUUCCCUCCCCCCCUUUGACUUGUUCGCAGGCAGCAGCGUACGCGGUGCGGCGGCAGACCAGCAGGCCACUCUGCCCAUCGGUUGAGACCAGGGUGCCCGAGCCUGCUCAACAGCACGACUGCUUAUCCAAGCACAGAUGACAUCUCUGGGCCACCACCCAUCACCCCUACCCUGUGAGCAUUACUUCAUGUAAAAAGUGCGCGUUGCGCAGGCAAGGGGUCUUGCUCGUAGCAUCCCCGCAUCAAUUCGAACAUUGUCCGUGCACGAGUAGGUCGUGUUUCAGUUGGUUGCGAGCGAUACGUUCUAGAUAAUGGCUUGUACUGGGCUGUGUGGGCGUGUCGUGCUCCAGGGGCACGUGCAUUUGAUUAGUGCCUGGCCCCAGGGCCCUCGCUUAGCCUGAGCUGUUGUGAGUAUCUCCUGACCACUCUGCCUUGCGCCCAGGCGUAUGUAGAUUCUCUACGGUUUUCCAAUUUUCACAGCUUGCAGACAUAAAGAGGAAGGGGGGA